GACGGAAUGGCUUGAGGGACAAUUUUGUUUGCGGAAGUGCGGCGGGAAUAAGCUAAAAGAAGAAAGCUAGGCUAAUAUAGAUCCUGAAAUAACUCUAGAACGGUCCGUUUACACUAUGCAACUCGUAUUUACAAGUCCAUUAGGAGAAAGUUAAGAGGAAGUUUAAGUGUCAUGUCAGCAGAGGGAUCCGGUGAGAGUGCGGCACGGCCGUUUGCCAACCGGUACGGCCCCAGACGGUGGUCCGUGGUCGCACUGUCCGUUCUGGGCUCCUGUAUAUUCGUUUCCGCCGUUGGUUGUCUAUGCGCUUUCAUCUACCCAAUACUUAAAGAGCUCCGGGCGGGGAGAGUGAGAGGAGAGGAUGGGGCUGAGGAGAGGAUGCUGGGUUUCUGGAGUAUCCUCGUGCUGUCAGUAUUAGCAGGAUGCAUCUGCUGUGUCUUCUCAUGGACUCUCACCUACCUUGACUCGUACCAGCCUGGGAUGGGGUUCCCCACACUGCUGGAUCUGGUCCACUCCAGAGAUGUAUCUGGCCACGGUUUCCACAUGGGUUAUGGUGUUGUCCUCCUCAAUGGCAUCAUGGCCAUGAUCACCGUCAUCUGGAGCCUCACCUGACAACUACACACACACAAAAGCUUGCACAGCUAACCUUGUUAGGACAUUACACUGACUUCCAUUCACUGUGGAUAUUACUAACAUAAACCCUAAAGAGAAAGUGCAUUAUAAAAACUUAAAACUGCAACAUGAAUGCCAUAUAAAUGCUGUGAUGAUGUCGUUGAUGCAUGGUUUAUUUGUUUUUUUAAAAAUCUGCCAAUAAAAAUAAUGUUUAAAAAAAAAAAACACUC